AUGCACUGCUGUAUUAAUAACUACAUAGUAGCCUAUUUAAACACACCUAAUAGAAUACGCUUGCACAGAUUUCAUUUGUUUGAGGACAGGAGAAAAAAAAUCUUGCCAAGUAGAAGAUUAGUAAGUUCAUUAGAUAAGAAAGGUUUAUGAAUCCAGACGAAAGUCUAGCUCGUGUGUGCCAAAGGCUGUUUAAUGUGUGACUGCGUUUACAGUACGCAUGAUGCUGGGUGGAUAAACAACCCCGCUGACCUGCAUGGAACUAACUAACCCUUAGAGCGCAGUCUGUCAGCAGAAAAAGCCAGCUGGAUGAGUGUCCAAAGGUGACAAUGAGAAGAAUCCGGCGACGCGCGCUGUUUCGGGUGUGAAGAAUCCUCGCAGGAGUCACUGGAGACCUGAAGCGAGUCAUCAGCGCGUGCAGAAGUGCCAACUCAUGAUCGGCGACGCGAGGCCGACAGGUGAUGAGACUGAGAGCUCCGCGCAUCUCCAUCCGAGCUGAGCGCACGCGAUCAUGGGGCGCUACAGCGGCAAGACGUGCCGCCUGAUCCUGAUGCUGGUCAUCACCGUCAUCUUCUUCGUGGCGGAGAUCGUGGCGGGGUACAUGGGCAACUCCAUCGCGCUGGUGUCGGACUCCUUCAACAUGCUGUCGGACAUUCUGUCGCUGUGCGUCGGGCUGACGGCGGCGCGGGUGUCGCGUCGCGCGGGCUCGGGGCGCUUCACGUACGGCAUGGGCCGCGCGGAGGUGGUGGGCGCGCUGGCUAACGCCGUGUUCCUCGCCGCGCUCUGCUUCUCCGUGUCCAUGGAGUCGCUGAAGAGGCUCGCCAUGCCGCAGGCCAUCGAUGACCCGCCGCUGGUGCUGAUCGUGGGCUCGCUGGGGCUCGCGGUGAACGUGCUCGGGCUGCUGAUCUUCCAGGACUGCAGCUGCCUGCGCGCGACGCGACGGAACGACGCGUCAGUGCCGCGCGAGGAGGAGGAGGAGGAGGAAGAAACAGGCCUGCAGGAGGAGAAGGCUGGGAGCGACGGGCCUCCUCUGAACAUCAGGGGCGUGCUGCUGCAUGUGUUGAAUGACGCGCUGGGCUCGGUGGUGGUGGUGGUGGCCUCGGCUCUGUUCUACGUGUGGCCCCUGGCCCCUGAGAGCCCGUGUAACUGGCAGUGUUACGUGGACCCCAGUCUGACGCUGGUCAUGGUGGUCAUCAUCAUGCUGUCAGCUGCUCCUCUGGUCAAAGAAACGGCUGGGAUCCUGCUGCAGAUGAGUCCUGCCGACCUGCCGCUCACCGCAGUCUUGGAGAGCGUGUGCAGACUCCCCGGCGUGGCCAGCGUUCACGAGGCUCACGUCUGGGAGUUAUCUAAAGGACGUAACGUGGCCUCGCUGCACGUCAAAGUAUCUGCUGACCUGCAGGACCCGGCUCUUCAGACGCAGAUCCAGCAGCUGUUCCAGCGCGCCGGCGUCCACAGCGUCACGGUUCAGCUGGAGCGCGCCGACGGAGAGAUGCCCUGCUGUCCUCCUGCCUCGGGAGACCUGGCCCUCCACAUGCUGCCAGAGAAACACACCGAGCACAGAUCUGACAAAUGCACCAAGCUCUAACGCUGUUUCUGCAGAAGCUUCGCCCCGGACUACAAGCACAGGGGUUUUGAAUGCCAGCCGGUUCUGAGAAACAGUGCCAUGAUAUCCCACCGAACACACAGACUCUGUGUUAACUCCUCCUCAC